CUAUUGCGCAGUCUGAGUAAGAUUUAAAAUUUAUUUUACGAAUUUUCCAGUAUCUAAAAGUAAAAAUAUGAACAGAGUUCUUCAGAGUUCUGGUGUUCAGAGGAACGAUAUUCUUAUAUCAUUCUUAGUAGUAGGUACAGCAGAAUUACGUGAACAUAUAUCUGAUGGGCUUCAUAAGUGUGCAAAAGAAAGAGAAUGGCGUAUAGAAGUACAUAAAUGUGAAUCCAUAAUUCAGGUAUUAGAGAAUAAUAUUUCUAUGUGCAUUGACUUCAUCAUCUUCGCAUUUGAUUCACGAAUGUCCAUAUCGUUGGAACAGAUCAAAAUAAAUAUAGGUUUAAUAGAUGAUCAUUUUAUAAUCUCUGGUGCUUGCUGUUUAGUACAUGGUAAUGGCAUAUUAGAUGUUAUGGGUUUUGUAUUUCACAAUUUAAAAGAAAUACGUAAUAAGUAUAACAUUCGAUUUUUAUCUGCGAAUGCUUUUGAUUCUAAUAAUUGUAUUAACUUGGGAAAUAGAAUAUUAAAUGUAGCAUCAACGAUAUUAGGUUUAGAAAGUCGAAUACCUACAAUAGCGAAUAUACCAUAAAAUUAUUACUAUAGUAUUGACUGAAUAAUAUAUGUAUAUAUACAUUCGUUCACAUAA